AUGCCUACACCCGAGUCAAUCCAGUUCCGCAUGCAAAAGCCCACGGUGCCGCCAACAUUCGAGGGCGUCGACUACGACAACAACUUGCAGCUCAAGGCUGCCCAGGAUGCCGUCCUGCGCGAGCAAUGGGUCCAGAGCAUGAUGGCCCGCCUGCUCAGAGAGGAGAUGGGCAAGUGCUACUACCGCGAGGGCGUCAACCACCUCGAAAAGUGCGGUGCCCUUAGAGAGCGCUACCUCGAGCAAUUGAAGCACGCCAAGGUCAAGGGAUACCUCUUCGAGCAACAGAACACCACCCCUAGCCGCUCAUAA